AUGGCACCUCUCCUCCCGACCCUGGCUGCACACGCCCGCAGCCUCCUCUCCACCGCCGCGAGCACACGCAAUGAGCUGGCGGCCCGGUCCGCCUCCGAGCACCUCUCACAACUAGGACCGCUCGCGGCACGGUCGGUCCUGCUCGCUAGGGACGAUGCCAAGAACGCCGACGGCAGCAACAAGGUGGACCCCUCGCAUGGGGUGAUCAAGCCGGGCGACGUCAACAACACCUUCGUGUUCGUGCUGUUCGGCCUGAUCGGCGCGGGCCUCGUCUGUGUCAUGAUCUGGUUCUUCUUCUGGGCCAAGAACGGCGGCUUCUACUUCAAGGAGAACGACUGGGACGACUACAAGACGACGGUGAUGCGGCGGCGCGGGCCCAACGGCACGCUGCUGUCGGGCGCCACGCCGAGCACAAACCUGGGCGGCGGCAGCGUCUACAAGGACGUCGACGACGGCAGCACCGAGUACACGGGCGGCCUGACGCAGGUGACGCGCGACACGGACGACACGCAGAGCACCUUCACGGGCAUCACGGGCGGGGUGUCGGACUUUGUGGGGCGGGAGCGGCGGCGGCAGCGGCGCGAGCGCAAGGAGCUCGAGAAGGAGAAGAAGCGCGACCGCAAGCGCAACGACCACCGCCGCAAGGUGGGCGAGGACGGCGCGCUCGUCGACGAGGACGCCGAGGCCGCGGCCAAGUCGCACCUGCGCGCCUACCGCCACGAGAAGGCCGCCCGCGUCGGCGGCAUCAACAAGGAGUGCGAGGGCAGCCAGUGGGACGGCUCCACCAACCCGGACAACUCCACCACCGCCGGCAGCGACCUGCUCAGCAACCGCCAGAGCACGCCCACCUCGACGCCCACCAAGAAGAAGAAGAAGGAAGAGGAGUCGUCGUCUAGGCGGGAGUCCAAGAAGGAGUCGGGCAGCAACAGCGCCGCCAACAAGAAGAAGUCGGGCGGCGGCAUCCGCAAGGUCUACAGCUCCGCCGACCGCACCGCCGACCGCGAGAACGACCGCAUCCGCGCCGAGGCGCGCCGGCUGGCGGAGAAGGGCCGGGCUGCUGGUAGUAGUCGCCGGGACUUCAGCUGGCAGCGAGCCGACCUGCGCAGUAACGCCAUUGAGGAGGAGGAUAUCAGCAACGCCGGCGGCAGCAGGUACUUGCCGCCCGGCAGCUAUGCCGAGAGCGACGCGGGCACCAGCGAGCUGGGCACCAAGUCGUACCACCACGUCAUUCCUGGCUUGUCGAGCGCGAGUGGCAGCGGGGCGGGCAGUGCGGUGGGAAGUGCGGUGGGAAGUGACUACGCUGAGGAGAGGCGGAAGAAGAGGGGUGUGGGACGGUACCGACGGGGCGAGGAGUAA